UCACUCGAACGUUGCGUGGACAAUUCUCCCGCUCGCUCCCCCGUAAAGGAUCCUCCAAAAAAGCCUCCGGUGAAUAGUGCGAAGAGCUUGUCGAGGGACUAUUCGUUUCAAAGCGACGACGGGACGAAUAGCGUGUGCUCCAGUGUAGAAUCGUUCUUGGAAAUGAGAAGGCCCGAUCCCGAAGAAAUGCUUAUGGAGCUCGGCUUUGGACCCAGUAAGGACAACGAGAGGAUCAAUCGAAUACCAUCCAGGUUUUUGCAUCCGUCGAAGGUAAGUGUUUUGUGGUUUAUCGUAAUGUUUAUUAUUGUUUACUUGCAGUGAAUUAUGAUUGUUUUUUGUAGUUACUGCCUCAUAUAGACAUUGGGAAAUUUUUAGAGGAAUACAGUACAAAAAUGAAAUCAGAAACAAAUUCUUGCCCUUUUCCGUCAU